UAUGAACAACCGGCCAAUUUUCGUAAAAAAAUUUUCCAUGUGCAGGCUAGGUAAAGGAAUGGCGACGGAAGAAGGGAUCGAUGACCAGCAGAGCGGAGGGAAUCAGGGCACAAAUGGGGAUAGGGAAUGAAACGAGGGAUCGAGAGUCAGCCAAACCGGAAGGAACCCGAGAAGACGGGAAGAACCUCUCAACUGGAGAAAGCUCGGGGAAAGCUGGGGGUAGCAAAAGGGGACCUCAGGAAGACAGGGAAGGGGGAAACGAUAUGAGAACAAGUCCUCGGAACUCAGCAGGAACCACCCCUAAAAAGACGAAAGUCUCAGAUGCCCAUCGUAAACUGGCAGAGAUAGAAAAACAGAUUGCAGAAUUUAAGGCAAGGCUUAUCGAGCAGAUGAUGACCGGGGAAGAGGAGGACCCCCAGGGCGCAGGGUCACGUGAGGGACGCAGGACCGGUCAGGACGAGGUCAGGUAUGGAGGGAAGGAUAAUAGUCACAAGGGAACGCCUAAUAAGAAGGGGAAGGACAAGGACGACCCCUCGGCGGAAGGGACGGAAAACGCUAUGACCUCGCCUGCCAUUGACAACGACACUAGCCGACUGCCCACCAGGCCGAAAGUAACAGCGGCGUGUGACGGACUCAGGAGCCUUAGGGAAAGAGUGCUAGGAUGGUUUGACCCGGAAGGAACGCUGAAAACCAGGGAGAAGCAAAGGGAAAGCAAGGAAGGGGAAGAGACUAGUGCUGCUGGAGAAGCGGGUAGCCUCGAAGGUGGUCUCAAGAGGAUAGUCGCAACCCUCACCCGGGCACUAAACAAGAACCAGGGGUAUCUCGCAGAUGCAAAGAAGAAACUCACGUUUGAUGGGGCAAACAUUACAGAGUUUCUAAUAGACUAUGAGAACCUAGCAGCCUUACUGAAAUGGACAGAAGAGGAAAAGAUGGAUCACCUAGGUCAGCACGUGUCGCUAAGCUUGGGAAGGGACAUUAUGGCUAUCGUCGCUUCCAAUGGAUCCUGGAAAAAAAACAGGAACGAGAUGAUGAGGAUAGACCUGAAGGCAGAGAAAAUGGCAACAGAGGCCGAGUUAGCAGCAGUCCAGAGGAAAAACUAUGCGACUUACAACGAUUUCCUAAGGGCGUUUACGUUAGUGGCUCUGCGAAUUCCCGGGGCAAGCCCGAGACUACUCAAGGGCCUCAGGCAGCUAUUGACGCGUAAACGUGUAAAAGUAGAGGAGACUCCGGAACCACAGGAACAAGGACCCGAGGAGGCCGAGGCGCCACAAGGAGUCUCUAACCUCCAAAGCAUUCCAGGGGGCCUGGAAGACUUGAAGAAAGCCUUUGCCAAUAUUCGUCUGAAUCUGACGGACCGAGAAGGUGGCGAAGUCAUGAGAGCACCGCCCGACACUAAACUUAACUUUCACGCACUGCCUAUAGGAAAACUUAAAGUCCAGGUCGGAACUCACCACACCGAUGCAUUAGUGGAUGGCGACGCAAAAAUUACCCUCAUACGACGUAAUUUCGCAACAACCACGGGGUGCACAGUAAACAAGGAGGUAGCGGGGAGUAUCAGGGAAGCCGGAGGAGAAAUUCCCAUCACUGGGUAUGUCACCAAAUGCGCGGUCAGGGCAGGAAUUCGGAAAUCCAUCUGGUCUUUCCAACGGAUGACCGUCAUGGAAGAAAUGGACCAUGACAUAAUCCUUGGGAGACCAUGGUGCGCCAAUGUAGAAAUGAUUGGCAGGCACCUGCAUGAUGGCACGUAUAUGGUAGACAUAGAGGAUCCGGUGACUAGUCGUGGAGAACUCCUCCGACUCCUCGGAACUGGAAGGGGCCCUCCCAAGGAAGGGAGUGUGCGAAAGUACAAACCCGUAGGGAAGAAUGCCAAGCCGGUCUCGAUCCUAGUAGAAAUAUCAAGGGAAGAGGUCAUGGAAAAAGAAGAAGAGAUCUUACGGGUUAUAAGGGAGAGGCGGGCAACGGAAGGGCAUCGCAUACCAGAUGAGGUAGCAGAUACCAUGCAAAUAGGAGUGGAAGGGUUUCUAACAGCGGAAGAAACUCAGUGGAUAAGGAAGGAGUGUCAGGAGUUUCAUUUAGCUUUCGCUUUUAAUGAUCACCAGAAAGGGCGGUUGGACACAAAGCUAGUUCCUCCGGUUAGGAUCCAUACGGUAGAGCAUGAAUGCUGGAAUGAUAAAGAGUCUGCCUACGAGUUUGGGAUAGCAGCAGAAGUCACUAACAUGCUUAGGGCCAAGAUAGAUUCGUUCGUGGUUGAGCCUACCGCAUCCCCUUAUGCGAACAAAUGGUUCGUUUUUCGGAAGCCCAACAAGACGCUCAGGUGGAUCCAGGACUUGCAGAAGCUCAAUGCGGUAACAAUUAGGGAUGCAGGCUCCCUCCCACAGGUAGACUUGCUAGCCGAAUCUCACGCCGGGCGGAGCAUUUACUCCCUGAUAGACCUAUAUUCAGGAUACGACCAGUUGCCACUUGAUGCGAGGGAUAGACCGUAUACCGCAAUGCACACCCCCGUAGGGCAGUUACAGAUGCAAGUGACCCCUAUGGGCUUCACAAAUGCAGUAGCAGAGACGCAGAGGAGGAUGCUCGCCGUUGCAGGGGAUAUGUUUCCGGAAAAGUGUGAACCUUCUAUAGAUGAUAAUCUCGUAAAAUGCGCAAGGUACAAGGACGAGGCGGAGGUCCAACCGGGCGAACAGAAGUUUGUUUGUGACCACUUGCAGGAUAUUAAGGACUUGCUCCAACGAUUCCUAGUUUACAAUAUUACUGCAAGCGGACCCAAGAGCAUCCUAGCCGUCCUGGAAGUAACCAUAUUGGGGUUUCGUUGUGGGGCCUAUGGAAUGAAACCUGACCCAACAAAGACGGAUAAGAUUUCUCAAUGGCCAAUACCCCUGCGCACCACAACGGAAGUACGAGCCUUCCUAGGGGUGGUCGGGUUGUGGAGGAUCUUCAUCAAAGGAUUUGCAAAGAUAGUUGAGCCUAUCCGCGCAAUGAUUAGGGAAGGGGACACUAUGGAAUAGACCGAGGAUAGGGAAGCGGCAGCCUAGACACUCAAGGAUAUCUUGUCUUCCGAUUAGGUUACCUUAGCAG